UCAUCAACUAUGAGACUCCCUUCAUCAUCAGCCAGAACUUAUAAAGAUGCCAUUAACGCAUUAAAUACUUUACAAUCAAAUUUCGCUUCCAUCGAAGCAAAUAGAAAAUUAGGUCCAAAUGUUGAUAGACAUGCUCUUUCAUUAAAUGAAGUGGUUGAAUAUACCAGAAGAUUAGGUUAUUCUUCAAAGGAUUUUAAUAAAUUAAAUAUCAUUCAUAUUACAGGUACAAAGGGUAAAGGUUCAACUUGUGCUUUCACUGAAUCAAUCUUAAAACAAUAUGUUGGUGUAUCUCCAUCAACCUCAAAUUCUCCUAUUAAGAAAAUUGGUUUAUUUACUUCACCUCAUUUAAAAUCAGUUCGUGAAAGAAUUAGAAUUAAUGGUAAUCCAAUUAAUGAAUUAAAGUUCACUAAAUAUUUCUUUGAAGUUUGGGAUAAAUUAUCAUCAACCACUUCAUCUCCUGAAGAAUGGCCAACUUUACAACCAUGUAAUCAAAUCAAACCGAUGUAUUUCAAAUAUCUUACCAUUUUAUCUUUCCAUGUAUUUAUGCAAGAAGGUAUUGAUACUGCUAUUUAUGAAGUUGGUGUAGGUGGUAAAUAUGAUUCAACCAAUAUUAUAGAUAAACCUACUGUUACUGGCAUUUCAAGUUUAGGUAUUGAUCAUACUUUUAUGUUAGGUAAUACUAUUGAUAGUAUUACUUGGAAUAAAACUGGUAUUUUUAAACCAAAUGUACCGGCUGUUGUAUCUCAACAAUUAGAAUAUCCUGAAUCAAUUGAAUUAAUUCAAAAGAGAAGUAAAGAAUUGAAAGUUUCAAAUUUGGAAGUUAUAAAACCUUUAUCAAGUCAUAUUAAAUUAGGAUUAGCUGGAGAUUUCCAAAGACAAAAUGCUGCUUUAGCGGUAAGAUUAGCUACUGUUCAUUUAACUUCAUUAGGAUUCAAUAUUAAUGAAUUACCUCAAUACAAUAAAGAACUUGAAGUCAUUGAAGAUGAAGAUUUGCCUGAACGUUUUGUUAAUGGUUUAAUCCAAGUUAAUUGGGAUGGAAGAUGUCAAAUCAUUCAUGAUAAACCAGGAUUUGAUAAAAUCACUUGGUAUCUUGAUGGAGCUCAUACUUUAGAAUCAAUCAAUGUAUCAUCGAUUUGGUUUAAAACCGAACUCACUAAUUUAAUUAAUAAAGAUGUUAAACCAAAUACUAAAAAGAGAACCAAGAUUCUUUUAUUUAAUCAACAAAGUCGUGAAAAUGCUUCAGCUUUAUUAACUAAAUUAUAUGAAAAUAUCUCUCCAUCGAUCGAAUUUGAUCAUGUUAUCUUCACUACUAAUAUUACUUGGUCAGAUGGGAAAUAUAAUUCUGAUUUGGUUUCCCUUAAUAAUUCUCAAGAAUUAGUUGAUAAAUUAAUCAUUCAAAAGGGAUUAGCUCAAACAUGGUCUGAAUUAGAUGCAAAAUCUAAAAGAAAUCAUACUAGAAAACAUAUCUUCCAUGAUAUUGAAACUGGAGUUAAUUUCAUUAAGAGUUUAACUCAUUCAAGUGAUAGUUCUGAAUUUGAAGUAUUUGUUUGUGGUUCAUUACAUUUAGUAGGUGGAUUCUUGGUUGUUCUUGAUAAUGAAAAGGACUAGAAUUUUAGAAAUAUUAAUUACAUUACUUGAUUAGCUU